AUGAAUGACUUUGGAGACUUUUGUAGUGUUUUGCUUGUAAACUUUGUGAAUAAAAUCUCCGUGAAAAUUGCCCAGGAAAACGGAAGAGCAAUGACUUCAGCUACCACACCAUUGCAGAUCGAGGAGGUUAAGAUAUCUCCUGUACGCCAGGAACCAGUAUUGCCGGAAAUAUCCACGGAUUCCUCGGGGAAAACAAAUAUUUCCUCAGCAGGAGCAAUUCUCAUCAUUGGCGGAGGUGUAUUGACCUUCAUUAUCCUCUUUAUCUUUGCCAAACGACAAAUAAUGCGCUUCACAUUGCGCUCCCGGCGGGGCCCCCAUGUCCCAGUGGGGCAUGAUGCAGAGAAAUCCCUCAAGAGGGAGAUUGAGCGCAGGAUUGAGGCUAUUGAGAAGAUCUCCCAUGAGCCACAGCUCCUUCUGGAUGAUCAUCGGUACAUCCUCAGGCCAGAUUGCACCCUGCCACCAUUCUACUAUCGCCUGAAGGCAGUGGAUGACAUUAAAGUGCUCGAGAGGGAGAUUGCGCGCCAGGAGGGGAGUGUCCGGCAACCAAGGGAGAAUCUUCGGUCAUUCCUCCUCACAACACUGGCAGUGGCACUCAAUGGAUCAGGGCAGAGGCUUAUUCAUCAAUUCUGCGAUAUGUACGAGCACGCUCGCCACGAUCCAAGUGAAUUUGGGAAUGAGGAAUACGAGGCUUACCAUCGAAUGCUAAUGAAAUUGAUUGACGCAGCAAAGUCGCUUAAGAACUUCUGCAAUAGUCGCAAAUCGUCCCCAAGUCGAACACCGGUGAAGAAGCAGCAGACAAAAAUGCAAUCCUUGUUGGAUCCAUCGCGCCUCAGGCCACCCCCAAUGGUACCAUCGGGGCUGACUGAGAGCAAUACACGGAUAAAUUUGUCAUUGGGGGUGCAGCUGCAGCAGCAGCAGCAGUUGGAUCAAGUUGGGGAUUUGGGUGAGAAUGAAAUUCUCACGGUGCCGCAAUUUCAUGAGGAGAAACCUUAGCGGCGCGCCCUCUGGGGGCUCACAACAUUCCUCCGUGGAGGUGAUUGAUGAAUGGGUGAGCUUGGUGGAUUCCCCGCCCCACCACCAAUUGGGUACGCAGCAAUUAGGACGCUCUAUUUAAUCAGACGAUGGAUGUAAAUAGAAAAUUAUUUCGGUGUGUGUGUGCCCAACAGAAAAUUUCCUCCUGCAAAAUUUUCCCACAUAUUUACCCUUCCAGCCUCCUGCUUUUGCUUUUUCCCUUCAAUUACCCAUUCUCUCUGUAUGUCGAGGUUGGGGUUAUAAUAAAGUAAAAUACUCUUUAAUCAAA